GAGAUAGUGGAAGGAGUUCAGAGGGAAAGGCAGAGAAUCUGAGGUCUGUUACCACUGCUAACCCUGACCAGUCCCUUCCCCUUGCACAGUUCACUGCUCAGAAAAGCCAUUCAUGCGAGACCCCACUGUUCAUUAUUCUGCGCAGGAUGGAGAACUACAGGACAACCGACCCGUUGCCGGGCAACCCAAGGCUGGGGGCGGAGUCGGGGGAUGAGGGGCGGGGUCGAGGGUAGCGGCCCGCGGAGAUCGUGGGACUCCAGGGGCCCAGGCUCCGUGCAGAACCAACAGAGGAGAUCGAGAAGCAGCCACCAUUGAUGAAGAAGGACCAGGCGAGUAUGGUGUCCUGGAGGCCACGGGAAGAGAGGGUUGCCAGGAGGAGUAUAACUAGGUCAGAUGCUGUAGGGGCAUUGAUGGGAAGAUGUGACCAGAGCUGUGCCCACAAUGACCUGUUGGCCCUGCCAAGGCAAGGCAGACCCAAGAGCCUUCGGAUGCUUUUGAAAUUAGAAGAGGCUACAGUGGGAUGGGGUCAGCCCUGCAUCCCAGGAGCAGAGGGACCGGCUCCUGGCCCAGCGCGCUCCCAGGGUUCAGAUCAAAGCUGAUGGCGGGAGUGCAUUCCAGUUUCCUAGGACGUGCAGAGCUGCCUGCUGUUCUCCGGGGCUGCCUGGAAUUCCAAAGCAUCGACGCCUCAUGAUUCCUGAACAUUCGGUCCCUUCCCAAUGCUUUACAAGCAGGAUCACCGUGAGUUGCACCCACGUCCUGGGACACACCCGAGCCCCUCGGACACCUGGACCAUGGACCCUGGAGAGUGCUCCUGCUUGUCUGGAGGAAUAUGCAUCUGUGGAGACAACUGCAAAUGCACAACUUGCAACUGUAAAACAUGUCGAAAAAGCUGCUGCGCCUGCUGCCCCCCGGGCUGUGCCAAGUGUGCCCAGGGCUGCAUCUGCAAAGGAGGCUCCAGCAAGUGCAGCUGCUGCCCUUGAAGGGCACCCGGCGUGCUGGGGUGCGGCCUGGGAAGCGUCUGUACAGUGCGUUAGUGGAGAAGUUGAGAUGAGUGUGCUUUUUAUAUAUUUGCCCAACGAGGUGUUGGUGACAUUCAUGUAAAGUGUUGGAGCAAUAAAGUUUCCAUUCAUGGUU